AUGUCGAAAUCCUUAGCCUUAAUUACUAUCAUGUUGGUGAUUAUUGCAACAAUUAUUGUCCCUACACAUUGUCAACAUGUAGAUUGGAGUCCCACAAAGACAACAGUACGUAUUUCAAAUGAUAUGGGCACUGUUGUUGAUGUGCAUUGUAAAUCAAAAGACGAUGAUCUUGGCAGCCAUGAUCUUUAUCAAGGUGAAAUUACAGAAUGGUCUUUUCGUGCCAACAUUCGUGGCACCACUUUGUAUUCGUGCGUCCUUAAAUGGGACAGUGUGACAAAGAACGUAGUAAUUUAUGAUGCUAAGAAGGAUGAAGAUUUGUGUAUUACCAAAUGUUGGAGAGUUCUUAGAACUGAUGGAGUCUAUUUUUAUAAUCAGAAUAGAAACUCGUGGGACAAAAGAUAUGAAUGGUAA